UGUUCGGAGACAUGACUACACCUGCAAUGCCUGAGGGACCCAAGCAGGAAAACGACCGGAGGUCGUCGGAUGCUUCAGCAUCCUCUGGACACACCUCUACAUACGAUAGGAGAAGGUCCUCUGCAUCCGGAACGAGAUAUGCUGCACUUGAGGCCCUGAAGCGUCCUGCGGAUCCUCAAAGUACUGAAAGAAGGUCCAGUCUCCAGGACUCUUAUACGAAACCUGGAUUCCUUGGCUCCCUGUGGAACAAUUAUACUCGGGGUCCAGCCAACCCACCUGCUGCGCAGAAGCCACAUGAACAGCGAGACACUACAACCUUGAGGCAGUAAGAUUUCAUACGAACUAGGAGAGGCGUAAAAAGACUGA